UGCCUGGCGGGCGGGGUGAAAGUUGAAAGUUCGUCCACAUCUGAAAACACCAGGCACGUGCGGGUUGCGAAGUCUGCAGCAGGAUCACCGGCUGCAGCGAUGGCUGCUGUUUACUCCGGUAUCCAUCUGAAACUGAAGAAUCCACAGACUGCGUGGGAGGACAAGUUAAAGUUGGCACGUUUUGCCUGGGUCUCCACGCAGUGCUUGCUGCCUAACAAGGAACAGGUGCUGUUGGACUGGUGCAUCCACGCACUGACAGGCUGGUACAAUAAGAAGGUGGAUUUUUCACAGAAUGUUCUGGAAGGACUCUGGUUUUAUUUGGACGAUCUGCUUCACAGCCGAAAGCUCCACUCUCUUCUCAAGCACGGCAAAACCAUCAGCCUGAGGCGCAACAUGGCACAGCUGCUGCUGGACCGUCUCCAGGAGUGUGCACGUAUUGGCCUUAAGUCCGUUGUGUGUAUGUCCACAGUACUCAGUGUGUGUCAGGGCCUUCUCUCUUCUCCUGCGCUCUCAUCCGUCUUCACCACCAAGUAUGAACUGAUUGGGGAUCUCCUGGCUAAGCUGUGCUCCCUGGCCUGCAAUGAGCUACAGCAGUCAUUGCUCACAGAACCGAUGAUGACUGAGUCCGUCACAUGUAAAGAUGAGAUGAUGACUGAGUGUCUUCAACCUCGACCUACUAGCGAUUUGGAGAGUUCCCUAAUUGAGCCGGUCACCAAAGAUUCUUCAGAUCAGCCGGAGUUAGAUGCUAAUAAGUCCUCUCCAAAGCCAAAGGAAAACAUCCAUUCAGCUAAUCUGUUUGAGGUGUUGCUUCAGGUGCUGUCGUGUUAUUUGUCUGUCCAGAGACAACAAGCCAAUCCUAACAGAGUCUCUACCAUGGUAACCAACCAGCUGAUCCAACCUUUAAUACUACUCAGGCACCUGCUGACAUCUGGGGAUUUUGCACCCUCUCACACACAUCUGCGCAUCCGUCAGCAGCUGUCUAGAGACAGCCGCAUCAAGAUAGACUCCAUCCUUCAGUUAGCUCUCUUUCCCUCUGAGCACCUGACCUUCUACAAAGAGGAGCUCCUUCCAUCGAAAGAGGAUUCUGGGAAACGCGGUCCUGGAGGGGCCAAAGGCCCCUUGAAGCCGGUCAGUGCCAUUCUUUCCAAACUGAGUGCUCGGGGCUACUGUGAUCCGUCUCUUCACUACACCGUGAAGUCAAACACAUUGCCUCUGCUGUUUAAGUUCUUUCUGGAAAGUUACGCAAAGGAAAGGGGAAGUGAGGAGGCCCAUAGGAUGCUGUGCUUUUAUUUCCUCACCAAGUUGGUCCCGGCCUUGGAAGGAGGCCUUGAUGGACAGAUACUACCACCUGCCAAUGCGGACCAGCCAGCUUCUGUGUCCCCCGAGCAGACUCCCCCACUUCCCCUCCGCUCACCUGAGAGCUGGAGCCUGGCUCUGCUGGCUGUGGAGUCCCUGCUAAGCCAGGCGCUGUCAGCGGAUAUUUACAAUGUAGCGGCAGACCGGAUCAGAUAUGAAGAGGUCCAAUUCAAAUUUUACAGAGCUUUGGGGCAAAUGCUCUUCAACCAGGCCCAGCCGAGGAUCCCAGCGUGGUACCGCUGUUUGAAGAUGCUGCUGAGUCUCAACCAUCUUAUUCUUGAACCAGACCUGGACCAGCUGUUAUCUUCAGCCUGGGUUAAUUCUGAGUGCAUGGAGGCAAGAGUGCAACGGGCGAGACAGCUUGUGGUGUGCAGUCUCCUUCAAACUUACACAAAGCUCCGUCAGCUGCCUCGCCUGUUCUCCGAGCUCCUGACUGUGAUCCGUCAGCCAGCACUAGACGGCUUACAGCCUCUUCUGCUCUCUGAGGGCGUCUCCGCCUCGCUCAGGACAUGUCUUCUGGACAUUCCCGCUUCCCAGGGCCUAGAGAUCUGCUCAUUGGUGUUGGAGAGCAUCAGGGGAUAUAUACUACCUGGCCUGAUGAGGGAGGAAAGCGAGACAGAGAAGAUGGAGAUCGAUGAGGCAGGGAAUGGUAAAGGGGAGAAUGAAGGAAUAAAGGUGGCCCUAGAGAGAGAGGAUGCAUCUAUGAAGCUGUUCUCCCUCAGCCACUUGCUUCAUGUGGUUUUGUUUAGUCUGAAGACUCUAGAUGGGACCUCUCCACUUCCUGUAGUCAGGCAGGGUAAGGCUUUGAUGGAGAUGAUGCAGCAGGUAGCCAAUGAGUCGCUGCUUCUGUUGUCAACCGAGAACAUAGCUGGAAAAGCUAAUGCAAGGUCAGUUAAAGGGACACCGAGAAAAGGCAAACAAGAGCCGGAGAGAAAGUCUAAGGUGGGAUCACUGUGGCAACAAAACACUCAGGAGGCAGCUCUCCUCCUCAGAUACACCUUGGUGGAAGUAGACACGCUCUUCAGUAUCCACUGCAGCAAAUUCACGUCUCUCCAGACCUCCACAGCAAGCGUGAGUGAAGACGAUGCUCCGGUCCUAACUCACAUACAAAAACUCCUAUCUGGGGAGGUUGUGCCAGUGAGUCUACAGCCCUCUCGCAGACCCAUGAGCUGUUUGCUGCUCAAACUCCUCACUUUGCAGCAGAUGAAGAAAGUUUUGUUGGAUAGCACCUUGCUCUCUAAACCUGGCACCGCAGCACUGCUAAACACGGCGGCCCGGUUUAUUUUAGCUAAAUCCGAGUUGCAGUCGUGUCCGCAUGGAGAGCAGGUAUGGGACGGGCAGAUAGCAAGCGUGAACGUCAGCUCAUACUUUGUAGCACACUGGUAUCUGGUCACAUCCAAUCUCCCUUUGAUUGCUCCCUACCUGAGCGGAGAGGAUGUGGGCUGCGUGGCGGACACGCUUGUCAAUUCACUGCUGAGCAGGCAGACGGACGACGGGAAGGGCCGGCGGCCCGGCUCUCUGACCGUCUCUCUCGUAUCGUCGCAGCUUCUCCAAAGCCCCGUUCUGGCCGAGUUGCCUUCACUCUUCUCUGCCACAAUGUGUUCUCUCACGCAAAGGAUUGUCGGUGUUCUCAAGGCAGCUCAUGUACCCAAGGUCUGUCCGACUCUCCUGAAGUUUCAGGAGGGAGGAAUAGGAGCGAGCACACACAGAGAGGCAAUAGUUGAGGAUAUAUUGGCCUCCUCAAAGACUGGAGAGACGUUUGUGUUUCUGAAGGACACACAGAGCAAAGAGCUGGUGGACCUUCUCCAGAUCUUAACCAACAUUAACCCUGAUGGGAUGAACUCUGAGGAUCUCUCCUCUAUUUUUCUCCUCCUCUUCUUCAUGCUCACCUCCACCUCUAGUCAGUUGAAUCAGGUGGACCCUCCUGGUUCUGGAGAUUAUGCCCUCUUCCUGCUCAAGCUGCUUGGGGUCAUGACUCGUGUCCUGGAGGGUAGAAACUUCCAAAGUGUUUUGAAGCUCAUCCAUGGUGGGACGUUGCUGCAGGCUUCUGUGUCCUCUCUCCUCUGGCUUAGCAACAAUGGACGAUUUAGAGCCACAGGCGGCUCUGAAUGGUUGGAUUUUAUCAAAGCAGUGCAAAGCUUCAUCAGGACCUUUGUCCAAUUGAUUAUAAUCCGAAACAGUAGCGUUCGACUCAACCUGGACCAGUUUGCCUCCUAUCUUACCAGUAAGGAAAUGGCAAAUGCGCAAAUUGUGCCAUCCAGUUCUGCUCUGGCCGAUAAACCAGAUCCCAGAGCGUGCAUUCUGUCUGUUCACCUCCUGCUGGCAUCGCUGACCUCCUUCUCCCAGGCAAUGACCUCUAACCUGGGGAGAAGUAAACAACUGGAUCAAACGUUGACUCAAAUGAUCGAAAGAACGACCGCUUCACUGGGACCAGCUGUGGAGUCCGUCCUAAAGCCCCAAACUGUCGGCCAGUCAGUCAUCCAACCUGCAAGCAUCCUGGGCCAAGCCUUUAUGGUAGAAGUCGUUACUGUCAUGUUGGACUGUGAGCUUUCCUCCCAUUCAGUGGGGGUUGGCAACAAGCAAAAGGACCCCCACCUCCCCUUGAGUCAUGUGACCCUCUAUCGGGGCUUCUGCCACCAGAUUUUCAAAGAAAUAAGUUGCGCCCCCAGGCCAUUGGACUUCCUGGUUUCUUCUCUCCAUUUCCUGUCUGCUUACUACAAAGCAGUGGAGAAGACGAGUGGAGAGACGGAGGAGACUCGAGGAAAGGAAAAGGCAGGAAAGAAGUUGGAUGUGCUGUACAUGCAGAUACUGCAGAAUGUGCACAGACUGCUGACCGCUUCUUGGCUUUCUGAGAGUGACGUUUGUAAGCUGAAGCCAGCUCUGCAGGAGCUGCUACGCCACCUGCUGGUGAAAAGCACCACAGGACGCUUCAACCUGCUGCUGCUCCUGAUCAGAGAGGGACUGGUCACUGGCAAGCUAAGGGCAGGAAACUACCGGGAGGUGCUACCUGCAGCAAUCAUCACAGAGCUGCUGUCAUGUUGUCAGCUACCUGAGCCCUGCACUAAAGCUCUGUGGCUCAUUGCACCACAAAUCAUAUCUGCUAUGGUGUUCCUUGUAAAAUCAUCCGCCCAGGACGUCUCGCUGACCCUUCCCUUUACCAUUCCUACGGUGACCUCAAUGACCUCACUGCUGCGCCAGGGGGAGGGGCUCAUCAGCAACCCUCAUCAUGUCAUAUUGGUCCUUGGAGCGCUCCAGUUGGUGCCCCUCAACCAUUUGACCCCGUCCGUCUACCAAUCAGCGUUCCUGGCCGUCCAUGAGGCGCUGUUCGCCAUCAUCCAGUGUCAUCCUCAGGUGAUGUUGACCGCAGCUGCGUCAUUCUUAAACGUCUUCUAUCGUCUGGUGGCGUCGAUCAUGCAGGAGGGUCGGCAGAGAGGAGACACUGACACAGAUGGAGACGUUUAUCUCCAGUGCUCCAGGUUGAUAGAGAGGAUGUACUCUCACAUUGCGGCUACAGCGGAGAGCUUCACCACACUGUCGGCCUUCAUGGUGGCUCAGUAUGUCACAGAGCUGCAGAAGGUUACUCUGCGACCGGACGUGAAGCUGCACCUGACGGAGGGCAUCUAUCGGAUACUGGACAUGUGUAUGGAGCAGGAUAUCAAGUUUCUGACGGCCGGACUGCAGAUGGGAGUCAGAGAAGUGUUCAAUGAGCUGUACGGCAGCUACACCCACUACCACAAAGCACAGAGGCAAGGAGAGGACAAGUACACUGUUUGAGCUGUUGCAACGUUUAGAUUUUCGUUUGAUUGAAUUAGAAUAAAUGUUCUUGAUGUGGAACUUGAUACUAGCCAACCUUGUACAUCCCAUUGUUGCUUUGAAUUCUGUACAUGAAUAAAAUAAUCAAUAAACAGACAUACAACAUAGCAAGCAUCCCUCAAGUAAAGUAAGGUCUUUAGACUCACUUAUUGGACUAAAAGGAGGCAGCCAAAACUGCUCUAAAUUGGCCUUUGUUGGGUUUUGACGAGACACACAGGAGUCCGUGCCUCAUAUUCGGUAACAAACAUUAUCUACAGGUCCAUCUCUUUGGUAACAACUUGUAACUUCAUCAAGCUGACCGGACGACCAGUAUCUGUUAACUAGAGGACAUGUAAGUGGAAAGAAUGACCUCUCACUGCCUUCCAUGACAGAUGGUGUGUAAGAUGCUGUUUUUCAUAAUUUAAAGAUUUUAUUUUAGAAAGGAUGGGAAUUGCUGCCUUGUCUUUGUCAUCCAAGGACAAAAUGAGUUUUAGGAAAAACAGAACAAGAACCAAGUGAGUGAUUAAGACAUAAUAAAUAUGAUAAUUUUACUAAAGAGCAUUAAAGUUGGAAAAAAAAGUAAGACUAUGUAUCCUUGUCUCUUCAAAGAACGUCUUUGUAUAACCUUCAUAAAGGAGGCGUCUAGUCAACCGUUCACUAAUGAAAUGGCUUCAACACACAAGCUCCUGCAAUGACUCUUAGAAACGUGACCUUUUGUUCUGACUUGUCUGUUCUCUGUUGGCUCCUCUAAAAACUCCGUAGGACUGAAGUCUAAGGUUUAGUCACCGGGUUAUGCAACACAUCAGUGUCCUGGCCCUUAACCAAAUAGUAUAGAACAAUGUUCAAACAUCUGUGACAUGUGACAGCUGUCUCGGACCAUGUGAUCGCCCCUGUCACUGCACUUCUGUGCCUAACUGAGUCAGUGGUUUUUGUGGUCUUUCUCUAAUGAAUAAAGAGAAUUUGUAUACACUUUAGAUUUCCAUAGUGGUAAUAGACAUAUGCCUUAAAUGUGAUUAACAUAAAUGGAUAAAUAUCAAUCAAAGGCAGGAUAGGUGAAAUUACAAUGAUUAUCUUGGUUUGGGCACUCAUGUUUCAAAUUAAACUCAAGUUUCACUCUGAUUUCUGCAGCGCCUGUGAUUAGUUGUCGUCCUGCUAGAAUUUGACCGCUAUUUGCACUUCUGAGCCAGAUGUUGAAACGUUCCUUUGUCAUAGUCAUAGAGGAUUAGUUAGAUUUAAAUGACAAGAUGUUUUAAUCCGAAAGACAAAGACA